AUGCAACAUUCUGGAGCUCUUGUGGCUCUUGACACAAAUGUUCUUAUGGGAAAGCUCGAUGUCGUCAAAGGCCUUUCUUUUUUGAUAGAAAACAUAAACAUGGGGCUCUUUAUCCCGUGCACUGUCAUGCGGGAGCUCGAUGCGAACAAAGUGCGCGUCAAAGGCGCAAGAGAUGCCAUUGUCUUCAUAGAGCAGGAGAACGCAAGAGUGAACAGAAAAAUAUUUCUGGAGCCUGCAGUGUCCGAAAAAGGAAGAAUCAACGAUGACACAAUUGUUCUUUCGUGCAAAAAUAACAAAGUUAUGCUCUUGCUCAGCGAUGACACUGCGCUGAGACUCAAGGCAAACAACGCAGGGUACAAUCUAAGCUGCAUAUCCGUGGAGGGGAAGAGUGCAGAAGAGCUGUUCAGCGAGAUAGCAAACUUUUUCAGAAUCGAGUUUAUGGACUUUGAGCUGAAAGAAGACACAGUGGGAUCUGUAAAAAAGCUGACUGCAAAAAUUGCAUCAGUGAUCUACCACGAGAAAGUCUACCCGGUGGUUGAAAGAGAGCUCGGGCGGGAUCUUCUUCCCUUCUAUCUCCCCGAGGGAUUAGACCAGUCUCUCUCUUCUCUGCUUGCGUAUGUCUCUAAAAACUCUCACCUCUUCACGAGUACUCUUCCGCGAUCUUCAAUCAAAAUUAUAUCCAAGCUAUCUAGUAAAAAAGUAACCACAGCCGACCUGCAGCUUAUCCUGGAUAUUUUUGGAGUUUCAUCCGAGGGGUGGAUUUAA